UCACAUCUACAGUACUUGUUACCCGAAGGAAGAACAAGAUCCCAAACAGUCAUCACUGCUGUCUUGUAGAAAACUGAACUGAAAAUGAAGUUUGUUUCCUUGGCAAUUCUUGUGGUCCUCAGCAUGUGUGUCCUCCACUGCACCACCGCACAGCGCUCCGAGAGCAGCAGGCAGGAAGAGGUUGGUGAUGAAGAACUGCAGAUGGAUGACGUCAUGAUUUUCUCAGCUGAGAAGAGUCAGAUGGAACAGUCGAACUUCAGGGCAAAGCGGAGCGGCCGAUCGUGCAGAUUCUGCUGCAAGAAUGGACACUGUGGAAUCUGCUGCUCUUUCUGAGGUGGCUGUGGCUUCUGUAGUAGCCAGAAGAAAGCAUAUCUUAGGAUCUGAGUAUUUACGAGGGAAGCCAACGUGUACUCUGCUGCAUCAUAAAAUAAAAGCUCCACGUCUUGCAACUGAAAUGUAAACAUUGUUUCAUCUGGUUUGAUGCCCACAAGUACCUACUCAUCAAACGAUGGUAAAUCUGUUCUGGUUGACAAGUGUUAUUUUCAUCAAAAUCUCAAAACGCAUCUCUCUUAACGUCAAUGACUGACCGAGGAGUCAGGGCUAGAAAGACCCCUGAACUGGAGGGGCGUCUGAUUUUUAUCAUCUCUUUGUUGAUAAAUGUACUCAGCAAGGUGAAAUACAACAUACAUGGGCCAUCAAAUGUACUUUUGGUGCUUAUUUGUCAUUCACAUAUUGUCCAAU